ACAGCAUCUGAUUGGCUGUCGCACGAGAGCCCGUCUUGUGAUUGGCCGCUUCUUGUUCCGUUGCUGGGAUGUAAACUCCCUGACGUUUCUCGGUCUGCUCUGAGACAGACUGGGGAGAAUGGCUGCCAGUGGAGAGGUAGGCAAGCUGUUACAAGUACAAAAUGGGACACCUCCAGCCACCAACUACAACGGGGUAGAUGCUGUCCACGCCUGCAACGUCCUUCAGCAGCUCAAAGCUUUGUACGAUGAAGCACAACUCACAGAUAUUGUCGUAGAAGUGGACCACGGCAAGACUUUUGCGUGCCACCGGAAUGUUCUUGCAGCCAUCAGCCCAUACUUUAGGUCCAUGUUCACCAGCGGCCUUACAGAGAGCAGCCAGCGUGAAGUCAGAAUUGUGGGUGUGGAAUCUGAAUCCAUGCACCUUGUCCUUGACUAUGCCUACACCUCCAGAGUCGUGCUCUCCGAGUCCAACGUCCAGGCUCUGUUCACGGCAGCCAGCAUUUUCCAGAUCCCUGCUCUGCAGGAUCAGUGUGCCCAGUUUAUGAUCAGCCGACUUGACCCUCAAAACUGUAUAGGCGUCUUCAUGUUCGCAGAUGCAUAUGGACAUCAGGAGUUGAGGGAACGCUCGCAGGACUACAUCCGCAAGAAGUUUCUGUGUGUUUCAAAGGAGCAAGAAUUUCUCCAGAUGACCAAGGAGCAGCUGGUCAGUAUUUUAAACAGCGACGACUUAAAUGUGGAGAAGGAAGAGCACGUCUACGAGAGCAUCAUCCGCUGGCUUGAGCAUGACCAACCUGGCCGCGAAGCCAGCCUCCCCGAGGUGUUUUCCCAAUGCAUCCGUCUGCCCUUGCUGGAUGAGGCCUUUCUCAGUCGGAUACCUGCGCCUUUCGCCUGCGCCCUGUUGCUCUCUAAAGACCCCGCCGAGGCAAAAGCUCGCCUCACCGGCACAAACGGCUGUCCACAGCGUCUGGGCAUGACCGCCUCUGAGAUGGUGAUCUGCUUCGACGCGGCCCAUAAACACUCAGGAAAGAAGCAGACGGUGCCUUGCCUGGACACGGCCACCGGACGGGUGUUCAAGCUCUGCAAGCCACCCAAUGAUCUCAGAGAGGUCGGCAUCUUGGUGUCGCCAGAGAACGACAUCUACAUCGCUGGCGGCUACCGACCAAGCAACAGCGAGGUUUGCAUCGACCAUCGAGCGGAGAGUGACUUCUGGCAGUAUGAGCACGCAGGAAACCGAUGGCUUCCACGUGCUCCUCUGCUGAGGGCGAGGAUAGGAUGCAAACUCGUGCACUGUUGUGGGAAACUUUAUGCUCUAGGAGGCCGAGUUUACGAAGGGGACGGAAGGAACGCGUUAAAGUCAGUGGAGUGUUACGAUGCCAGAGACAACUGUUGGACGGCAGUCAGUCCAAUGCCGGUUGCCAUGGAGUUUCACAGUGCGGUGGAAUAUAAAGACCAAAUCUAUGUCCUCCAAGGUGAAUGUUUCUUCUGCUACGACCCCCGUAAGGACUAUUGGAGCCAUCUAGCCCCAAUGGGCGUCCCUCGGAGUCAAGGUCUGGCUGCCUUGUAUAAGAACUGCAUCUACUACAUUGCUGGAAUUUGCAGGAACCACCAGCGCACCUUUACAGUGGAGGUCUAUGACUUGGAGAGCAACACAUGGAGUCGAAAGAGAGAUCUGCCCUUUGACCAAGCCACGAGCCCAUACAUCAAGGCCAUGCUGCUGCAGGGAAAGCUGCACCUGUUCGUACGUGCCACGCAGGUCAUGGUGGAAGAGCAUGUGUUUCGCACCAGCCGCAAGAACUCCCUUUACCAGUACGACGACGAGGCAGACACGUGGACCAAAGUCUAUGAAACCCCCGACCGUCUUUGGGAUUUAGGUCGCCAUUUUGAAUGUGUGGUGGCCAAACUUUACCCACAGUGUCUACAGAAAGUGCUUUGAGCUAAACGACGAACCGGAUC